AUGCCUCCCCAUCCCGCCUCCUCCUUCCCUCCCUCCGCGGCUGCCCGCGCCGCCGGGACCAUGGGCUGCUGCUGCCGCCUCCUCCUCGCCCUCCUCCUCCUCCUCCCGGCAGGACUUGGUGAUGACCCCACAACUUCACCCCUUGUCCCCGCCAGUGCCCCCCCAGAAGUGGUGGGGACAGCAGCAGGGCCAGGCUCGGGGGGCACAGCUGUCCCUGCAGCAGCUCCCCACCAGCCUGCACCACUGACUGCCACAGGACCCACCAGAGAUGAGGUGUCCUCCAGGCCAGCUGAGGUGGAUGACCCCAAUGGGGGCACUGUGGCCAUGUUGUCCCCUGCUUCCAUCCCCACGAGCACCGUCGCUGCAGCAGACAACCCCCCCGUAGCCUUCAGCUCGGUGCCACCAGCCUUGGAGACCGCCCCAGGUCCUCGGACAGCACAUAAUGACAGCGUGGAGGGAGGGACGACGGAUCUGGGGACACCUCCCAGCCCCACGGGCACACCUUCACCCUCCUCUUCCUCCCCACGCAGCAGCACCCCAUACUCAUCCCCUGGGACGGUGUUGUCCCCACCGACCGUCCCCAGCAGCACCACCCAGUCACCGAUGCCGAUGAAGGAUGUCCCUUCCCCAGGGACGAUGGCUGUGGCAUCGAGCCUGGCCAUGGAGCCCACAUCCCCCUCAGUGACUGUGGCCAGCCCCACCGAGGACACAGCCGACGGCAAAAGCACCCCCGCCACCGGAGUCACCAUGGAAGAGGUCCCACGUGCCUUGAGCGCAGGGAGCAUCGUGGCCAUAACAGUGGUGGUCAUCGUGGUGGUGGUGCUGGUCUUCGGGGCGGCGUACCUCAAGAUCAGGCAUUCCUCCUAUGGCCGGCUGCUGGACGACCACGACUACGGCUCCUGGGGGAAUUACAACAACCCCCUCUACGACGACUCCUAGCAGGAGAAGAUCCUUAUUUAUCAGCGCUUCUGCAACACAGCACCCGCUGCUUCCCCCCCACCGUGCGUGCUGGGUCGCGGCCAGAGCAGGCGCCUGGGCCACAACCGCCGUGAGCAGGACCACGGCAGGUCCAGCAGAGGACAGGCGGCUGGAGGGCGGGUGCAUGGCACCCACAAUAAACCUGAGCGUUGGCCCUUUG